AAGAAGUCCAAGAAGGACAAGAAGGAAAAGAAGCGCUCCGGCCAAGACGUCGUAGAGAGCCCCGAAGCCGAGGCGGAAGCAGAGCCCGAGACCGCGGAAGAGCCCAAGGAGAAGAAGUCCAAGAAGGACAAGAAGGAAAAGAAGCGCAAGACAGACGAUGCUGAAAAAUCUACUUCAGAGCCGACCCCCGAGGUCGCCAACGCCCCAGUUGCCGCCAUUGGCAAUUAUCAGCAACCCCCUGCUCUUUCUGCAGUUCCCGAGUCCGAAAUCGCCUCCUUCUUGUCCACCCACAUGAUCACCAUUACCGAUCCGCUCUCUACCACAAACCUCAAGCCCAUCACCCAGUUCACCCACUUGCCCUCCACUACUCUCGUCUCCAAGAACCCCUUCGCCUCCUUCAAGACUCCCACACCCAUCCAAGCCGCAUCAUGGCCCUUUGGCCUGAGCGGUCGCGAUAUCGUCGGUGUGGCAGAGACGGGCUCUGGAAAGACCAUUGCCUUUGGUCUUCCCCUCGUCGAGGCCGUCCUGGCCAUGCCCAAGCCUGCCAGGGGCGCCGGCCGCAUUAGGGCCGUCGUCGUCUCCCCCACUCGUGAGCUGGCCAUGCAGACCAACGAGGAGCUGACCCGACUGACCGACCUCGUUGGCUUGAAGACGGUAUGUGUCUAUGGCGGUGCCUCCAAGGACGAACAGAGAUUCUUGCUCAAGAAGGCCGACGUCAUCGUCGCUACCCCCGGACGCCUCAAGGAUUUCCUCGAGGAGGGCGCCAUCAAGCUCGACAACACCCAGUUCGCCGUUCUCGACGAGGCAGAUCGUAUGUUGGACAAGGGUUUCGAGGACGACAUCAAGCUCAUCCUCGGCUCAUGCCCCACCAAGGAAGGUCGCCAGACCCUCAUGUUCACCGCUACAUGGCCCAUGAGCGUCCAGGCCCUCGCCUCCACCUUCAUGAAGUCGCCCGUCAGAAUCACCAUUGGUAACAACGAGAGCGGUGACCUCAAGGCCAACGCUCGUAUUGCGCAGACAGUCGAGGUCGUUGAUCCUCGAGACAAGGAGCAGAGACUUCUACAGAUCCUCAAGGCCCAGCCAAAGAACGACAGGGUCUUGGUCUUCUGCCUGUACAAGAAGGAGGCCACACGUGUCGAGGGCUUCCUACAGCAGAGGGGAAUCAAGGUUGUCGGCAUCCACGGCGACUUGAGGCAGGAACAGCGGACCAGGAGCUUGGACGCUUUCAAGAAAGGUGAUACACCAGUCCUCGUUGCCACCGAUGUUGCCGCGAGAGGUCUGGACAUCCCCGAGGUCAAGCUGGUUGUCAAUGUCACUUUCCCAUUGACUAUCGAGGACUAUGUGCACCGUAUUGGUCGUACCGGCCGUGCUGGCAAGACUGGUGUUGCCCUUACCCUCUUUACAGAGCACGACAAGGCACACUCUGGAAGCUUGAUCAACAUCCUCAAGGCAGCAAACCAAAAUGUUCCUGAUGAUCUGCUCAAGUUUGGAACGACGGUCAAGAAGAAGGCCCAUGGCACAUACGGUGCUUUCUUCAAGGAUGUCGAUAUGAGCAAGAAGGGUACCAAGAUCACUUUCGAUGACUAAAUGCUUCACAGCCAUGUUGAUGGUUAGUAUUACUGUAGAUGAGAAUUCACGGCGCAUGGCGUUCGGUAGAUAGUCUGCUCGGGUGUUGCACACAU